AUGUCUGUAAUGCUGCGGACACUGAUACUGCUGGCCAUCGGGGCCACGGUGGUGCUAGCCCAGCGCCGUCUGGCGCUUCCGGACCCGAGAAGCUGCGCCAAUCGUGUGCGACAUGCGACAUACCGCGAUGCCCGCGGUGUGGCCCACUCGUACUUCUUCAGCUGGGAGCAUGCCCCGACCCGGAGCCUCGAGGUGGACUGGCUCGAUGCGCGCAACAUCUGCCGCCGGCACUGCAUGGACGCCGUCUCGAUGGAGACGCCGCAGGAGAACGAGUUCAUCAAGCAGCGCCUCGCCCGGGGCAACGUGCGCUACAUCUGGACGUCCGGCCGGAAGUGCAACUUUGCCGGGUGCGACCGACCGGACCUGCAGCCCCCGAACGAGAACGGUUGGUUCUGGUCCGGAUCGGGCGUUAAGAUCGGGGCGACCACCCAGCGCAACACCGGCGACUGGAGCUACACCGGAGGCUACGGACAGGCGCAACCCGACAACCGGGAGGCCGCUCAGGGCAACGACGAGUCCUGUCUGUCGAUCCUGAACAACUUCUACAACGACGGGCUCAAGUGGCACGACGUCGCCUGCCACCACCUGAAGCCGUUCGUGUGCGAAGACUCUGACGAGCUGCUGAACUUUGUCCGCUCCCGCAACCCGGCCAUUCGCCUGUAGGACCCCCCUUCUCUAGCGGCAGCAGAGCAUCGACCCGGACUCGACUGUGCAGAGCUUUCCCCGUUUUUGUUUAUCGUGUCUAACUUCGAGUGACAUCGGAGAUCCCCAUCACGUUGGAAUUCGUAUCGCCCAAAAGUAUUAACCGCCAAGUGAUCGCACUCGCGACUCGCGACAACAGCAAGCAGGGAAGGGAAGAAAAACGGAAGAAAAGGCUACACAGAGAGACAGAGAGAUAGAGAGAGAGAAAGCGACCAGAGAGACAGGACAACAAUAACACCACCCUUGGCCGCGCGGAACCUGGCGCACUCGUUGGAUCUGCUUUUUGUAAUAACUAUUUAUUGUACCUUAAGAAAACCGCUUCAGACAGUUCGGACGAUUUUCGUCGCCAUCUGACCAAACUUUCAUCCUGGAAAUUUGGAGUCUUCUGCGCGAUCGGCGCCCAGCGAUCGAGGGCUCAUCUCAGAACAACCCUCCCCGGGCUCAAAGCAGGUUGGAAAACAAAGCCUGGCAUCAAGAGGGCUCGAAUACUUCACACACACAAAAACGCACCAAGACCGGACCUUUCGAUAGGCAAAAUGAAAAUGAGUUUUGAGAAAAAAAGACAAACAUACAACACCCGUUCGAGAUACUGACAGAAUUAUUGUUUUUAAAUUUGUAAGUUUUUGUUUUCAUUGGAACGAGAAUAAAAAG